GAGUGUUUCUUGUUCUGCAUUGUGCCACUAAGUCAAUGUUUUAAAAAAGCUUCUUCUGUUUUCCUUUAUUUUUUUCCUCCUUUGCCAUCAUAACUUCUAUCCAGACCUUAGUUUUUGCAUAGUUUUAUCUUCACUUCAUGAUCAUGCUUAUGAUGCUGCUAUGCUUUGGUUGCAGAAAUCACAGGUCGGCUUGCCUGCUUUUGUUUUUUGUUUUUAGAAGUACUAAGCUUUUAAAUAGUCAAGUAUAGCGCCGUGACUUGCUUUCUCUCCCAACACAGUCGUUCACAACACUCCCUUUUCUCUGCUUAUUUCUCAGAGCCUGAGUGCAGUGCCCUGCAUGACCAGGGGCGGGGUGACGGGUGCGGGCGGGGCGCUGUUACCACGGGGACGCCUGUAGCGACCGCCUUGCUUCGGCCUUCCCUGUCUUGCCCGGCGUUACCGGCACUGCGCUCCAUCUGAGGCUCCGUUGGGAGGGCUGAGACCGUGCCCGUUUGUGUCGAACCCCUCGAGAGAGGUUGAGCCUCUUGAGAGGCCGACUCAGCGAGUCCUGCCCGCUCGGCUGCGUACAUAGCGCGCUGCCCGCCUGGUAAAGGGAGUGGGAGGUCCAUGAGGUAGAAACGGGGUGUAAAAAGGGAGUGUGUCUGUUGUCUGGGGAAGUACACAAUAAGUUUUAGGUUUAAACUCACUAAACGGAAGGAGAAAGCAGCUCGUCACGGUCAGCAAACAGGUGAAACGUGAGCUGUGUUUUUCGGUUUAUUCUGAAGGCUGUCGUUGCGUUCGCAUGGAUUUGGAAGUGAAAGGAAUUGCUGCAUCCCCUCGAAGGCAGACUCAGCUGUCGUCGAGAGGGAAGAAAUGUCAGGGGUGGAGACCAGACACACAUGCUACUCGGGGUCCUCGCCCACCAGAGGUGCCAUGCCUAGAUCUAGGGAGGCUGGGAGAUUCUGAUGAUGAGGAUGGGAACUCUUACAUACCGUGCAGUAGAAGUUUUCCUCAUUCAUGCUCUCUAAAUUCAUCUUCAGAUUGGAAACCAUCAUUAGAAAUGCCACAUGGGCAGCAUCUACCAUCUAAACAGGGUUCACAGUUUGAAGAUGGGCACAAUGAUGAUCUUACAGCUCUUGAUGAAAAAGCUCUCCUGCAACAAUGCUACACAAGCAAGCCCUACAAUAUGCAACACAGUAUGAGGAAAUCAGAAGCUGAGGAUGUUGCUGCAGAAAGAAAGAAACAGGCUGUAGUAGAACAAGUGAUGUUGGAUCAGUUAUCCAGAGCUGUCAUAAGUGAUCCAGAACAAUCCACACGAGGUGAUGUUUACAAGGAAGUUCAUGGACAUUUGGGACUGGGGACUGCACCCAUGCGUUUUAGGAAAAGAACACUGCAUGAAACAAAAAUAAGGACCGAAUCAGGAUUAACUGAACACAUGCUCUCUAACAAGCUACGCUUUGAUAGUAGGAUUAUAUCUCGAAAUGGUCGUGAUGCUUGUAGAGACUUGAUUGGAUUCUUUUUUGCAUGUGACAGAUCCCUUACUGUAUAUGAAUUCCGACAGUUUGGAAAAAAUAGAACAAAUGCUUUGCCUUUCAUUCAGAAGGGAGUUUAUAAACAUCAGCGAGGAAAAAAGAAGGGAAAAGCUUAUGAUCUCAGUGAUUUCUACAUAGGAGCUAACCUAACUUUCCAAAGUGUCGAUCAUAGCCUUCCGAAAAGCGUCAAGCAGAAUCCAAUUCUUACCCUUCGUGUAAUAGGUAUUGAUGAAGUUGCUAUGGAUUUUCUGAAAGAUUCCUCUUUGCAGUUCAACCAAGAAUCUUCUGAGCAAUUGACUGAUGACAGCAGAGUGUUCAGGAAAAUACAAGGUAUGCUCAGAAAGACAUUAAGUAAAAGAGGAGUUAGAGUUGUAACAGGCCUAGGAAAGUAUUUCCGACACAUAGACAAGAACGGAAUUGGUUUUCUUUCUCAGGCAGACUUUAAAGAGGCUCUAAAACUAUUCCACUUGGAAGUGCCUGAACAGGACUUUGAAUCCUUAUGGCUUAUUCUUGAUGAUAACAAGAGUGGUAAAGUCAACUAUGGAGAAUUUGUUCAUGCUAUAGCUGGAGAAAUGAAUGAAUAUCGGAAAGCAUUUGUAAGAAAAGCUUAUAUGAAACUAGACUUCAACAAAACUGGAAGCAUUCCGAUGGUAGACAUCAGAAAAUGUUACUGUGCAAAGAAACAUCCUCUAGUGUUGGCAGGCAAAGCUACAGAAGAAGAAAUUAAGUCGUCAUUUCUGGAAACAUUAGAAGAAUCCUGCAGCAAUCCUGGAGAAGUGUCCUAUUCUGAGUUUGAAGAUUAUUAUGAAGGAUUAAGUAUUGGAAUCGCAGAUGACGAUGAUUUUGUUAACAUCUUAAGGAACCCUUGGGGAAUUUAGAGUGGAAGAAGACAAAAAUACCAAAGAGACUCCUUCUAAAAAAGGAGAGAGAUAAAUAAGGGAGGAUUCGAUCAUGAUGUGCAUUGCUUAAUAAUAAUUGCUUUUCAUUGAUUUAAAGGACUGAAAAUUGUAGGUGCUUUCAGAAUCACACAGGACACGGUAAGUUUCUUAGUGUACCUGUUGAGCAGAGCUGCCCACUGUUUUAACAUAAAUGCUGUUAAUGCACUUUCUUGGGCUGUUCCACAUAUCAGAAGGCAUCAUUUACCGGAUGUUUGAAUAAAGAGACUUGUUUCAAAAGUAAGUGGGAAUAGAAUACUAAAAUGUAUGUAUGAGUAUAUUCAAGAAAUAAAUUAAUUUUAUGAUUGUUGAAAACUUUAGAUUUGACAGUGUAGACACUUCAUACCUUUUUUUUCAGUUUUAUUUUGUUAAAAAAAAAAAAGUAUAAUUGCAUUUAAGACAUUAUUUGCUUUAUUUCUCCUUUGCUGUGUUGGUGAUUAGACUGAAAAAGAGCAGGCCAUCCCCAUCCAGUUUGGAGGAUGUCUGCAGUACUGAAAAUGCAGAGAAGUUCACACAAAUUAGUCUUGGAACCAGAACCCAGAUCAUCUGCUUAUUUUUUUUUAUCUUGGUCAGGCGUCUGAAGCUGAAUGUUGAAUCCCUAAGGCUUAAUAAGUGCAAGUAUAUUUUUCAGUGACCUUCUGCCUAUAUUUCACUAAAUUAUUUUCAAAUCAAAUUUGUAUGUGAAUAUCUGACUUCUAUCCUUCAAAUUGCUGAGACUUUUUUUUUAAACUAAGUAAUGAUAUGUUUUGUCAGACUGAUAUGCAGAGUUUUGUGUCUGACCUGAAAGUAUAGACCAGAAAAAUCUAUAUUUAAAGAGCACUGUUGCACCAAAAACUGAAUUCUGAAUUAAAAUAUUUCUUACUCCUUCAAAUAUCCAGCCAGGUAUGCUUUUCUAUGUAAUACAUCAUUUUAAUUCUGUAAGGUUAAUUGUGUUAAGUAAUAAAAAAUGUGUUAUAAAUUAAUUAUAUA